AUGGAUUCCAUUAAACUACUCUUUCUCUCUCCGGAGGUCAACCCAAGUAACCGAAAGGCCAGAUCCAUCCCGAUACUUAACCCAUUUGACAAAUAUGGACGGGUCUACUUCUUCUCUUGGCUUGGAUUUAUGGUUGCAUUCCUAUCGUGGUAUGCAUUUCCGCCUCUGUUGACUGUCACGAUCCGAAAAGACUUGAACAUGACGCAGGCUGAAGUUGCCAACUCAAACAUUGUUGCUCUUCUAGCGACGUUACUUGUUCGAUUCGUUGCAGGGCCGCUCUGCGACCGUUUUGGUCCGCGUCUAGUAUUCAUUGGCCUUUUACUCUGUGGUUCCAUCCCAACCGUGAUGGCCGGGCUUGUCACCAAUGCCCAGGGACUGAUCGCCCUACGCUUCUUUGUCGGCAUCCUGGGAGGUACAUUCGUCCCUUGCCAGGUCUGGUGUACUGGGUUCUUCGACAAAAGCAUCGUCGGAACCGCCAACUCCCUGGCCGCAGGAUGGGGAAAUGCUGGUGGCGGCAUCACAUACUUCCUAAUGCCCGCCGUCUUCGACUCACUCGUCCACAACCAAGGCCUCCCAGCCCAUAAAGCCUGGCGAGUGGCCUACAUCGUGCCAUUUAUCAUCAUCGUCGCCAUAGCCGUCGCAAUGUUCUUCACCUGUGAAGACACCCCAACAGGGAAAUGGUCGGAACGCCACCUCUGGGCUGAAGAGAGCAGCGGAUUCAACGGCAACAUCGUCGAAAUCAACUCCGGCAUCUCUUCCAGCCAUCCAUCCAGUCCACCCUCGGUAACCAACAUCGUCGCAGACAUCGAAAAGAAAGGAAAUCCCUCCCCACCUGAGUCCAUAGCCCCAAUGCCGGGCCAGCUCGAAGCCCUUCGCACUGACACCGUCGUUGCCCCGACCUUUAAAGAAACCAUGAACGUCCUCCUCAGCCUCUCCACCGCCGCCGUCGCAAUCCCCUACGCCUGCUCCUUCGGCGCCGAGCUCGCCAUCAAUUCCAUCCUCGGCGAAUUCUACGCCGAAAACUUCCCCUACAUGGGUCAGACCAAGACCGGCCAGUGGGCCGCCAUGUUCGGCCUUCUUAACGUCAUCUGUCGCCCCGCUGGCGGCUUUCUCGCAGAUAUCCUCUACCAGCACACGCAGUCCGUCUGGUCGAAGAAGAUCCUCCUCACCUUCCUGGGUAUCGCAAUGGGCGCCUUCCAGCUGGCGCUCGGUCUCUCAGAUCCAAAAAGCGAAGCCACCAUGUUCGGACUCACUGCCGGCCUUGGUUUCUUCCUGGAAGCAUGCAACGGAGCAAACUUCGCCGUUGUACCUCACGUUCAUCCCUUCGCCAACGGCAUCGUCUCCGGCGCCGUAGGCGGAAUGGGCAAUCUGGGGGGCAUCAUCUUCGCCAUCAUAUUCCGAUACAAUGGUACACACUACGCGCGCUCGCUGUGGAUAAUCGGGGUCAUUGCCAUCGCGGCCAAUCUGGCUGUUUCAUGGAUUCGGCCGGUGCCGAGACGUCAGAUGGUAUGA